AUGUUGGCAACAACAAUUAAGUUCAAAAAGGUUUUUCCAAGAGUGAAAGAGAGGGAUAUCAAUUAUCAUAAUAAUCCGAGUGAUGAGGAUUGGGAGAAAAUGGAGAAAGUUUGUGAAGUUUUGAAAGUAUUUAGUGGUUCAACCAAACUCAUUUCAGGAAGUGAUUAUCCAACGUCUAAUUUAUUCUUGAAGGAGGUGUGUGCAGUGAAAUGUAUGUUGGAUAGUAAAAGUGAAUCUGAAGAUGAUUUCAUUAGAGUAAUGGUUAGGAAAAUGAAACAUAAGUUUGAUAAAUAUUGGGGGGAAUGUAAUAUGUUGAUGUCUGUGGCUGCUAUAUUGGAUCCUCGGUUGAAAAUAAGAGUUAUUCAGUGGGCAUUCCCUAAGAUGUAUUCUGAGACAAAAGGACGGGAAAAUAUGGUGACGGUUCGGGAUGCAUUGUAUGAGUUAUAUGGGGAGUAUGUUCAAGCUAACCAAGGUGUGACUAUCGCCCGUGCUUCUACAUCACAAGGGGAUGGACAUGGAGCCAUUGGUGAGGUGGCUGCGGUUGAGGGAGCCGAGGCCUGGGAUGAUUUUACCACUUUUCUGGACGUGGUUGAAACUGAGCCUAGUCAGUCUGAGUUGGACUGUUAUUUGGGAGAGGGAUGCCAUAAGUGUGUGGGAGAUCAUGACUCAUUCGAUGCCUUACAGUGGUGGAAGGCAAAUUCAACCAAGUUUCCUGUAUUGUCUACGAUGGCUCGAGAGAUACUAGCCAUCCCGAUCACUAUGGUUGCUUCAGAGUCUGCAUUCAGUGCUAGGAGUAGGGUUAUUGAUAGUUACCGAGAUUCUUUGUCACCAGCUACGGUGGAGAUGUUGUUAUGUGGAUGUGACUAG